AUGGGUGCCCUGCGUCUCCCCCGCCCAACGGGCAUCUACGUCCCUAGUUCACCCAGAACCCUCACCAACGACAUGAUAUCUCCACCUCUCUCUCCAGAAUUCAGCUUCGAUUCCGAGACUGUCACACCCUCUCUAAUCCCAGCUCUGGAAUACAUGUCCUCCAAACUCCAACAAAGAAUGAUGCAUGUUACCCUGCUCAUCGGCCGCGGAAAGCCCUAUCCGACCGGCCAACCUUCCGACCUAAUGAUCAUCCCCAUCCACUCAAUCGAGCCCCAAGCAUGGCGAUUGCUUGAACGUGCCAUCGUCAAGGGCUCAAAAAAGUUCUCACUUGGUCCCAGCUGGACCGAUGCCAUCAGCCGCAGCCAAUAUGAACGCCAGGCCAACGAUCACCUCGUCAAGCAAUCCAUUCUCCAAAACGAAGUCAUCUUCAGCCAGGAGGGUUUAACUCUCCUAAGUAUGGACCGUAUCUACACCUUAAAGCAUCGCAUGUGCAUCCUCUCUACCCGCCCCGUCUCCCGUGACAAUAAACAAUCAAUGUCAUCCUGCGUCCGUCUGCUUCACCGCAUCAUCGAGGAUUUCUCCCGUCGCCCCUUCAGCAAAGCUUUCUUUCACCGUGUCUAUGAGCAGCUUGAUGUCCCAGAUGAGCAGCUCACUGCAGUUGCAGUUGCGUACAAGAAUAUCCAUAACCAGGAUGCUAUCAUUCUUCGCGUCCAGCCUCCAACUCCAGCGCCUGUUCCAGAACCAGAUCCAGCGUCAGUACCAGCACUAGCGCCUGUUCCAGCACCAGCGCCUAAUCUCGCUAAAGUCGAACCCACGGUUCCAGUAGAAGUUGCAACAAAGUUCCAGGCCAAAAUCCAGCCAAAAGCCCAAGCAAAAGCCCUCCCCAAAGCUGAUCCCAUCCCUAUUCGGGUGAAGGCUGAACGCCCCCGUGAAGUGAAGAGAUCACCCAUCCAGACUGUGCGUGGUCGAAGAGUGCCAUUGCCAUCGCAGAUGCGAGGCCAUAACAAGCGUGGGCCCAAGACACCUCUUUCUGCCUCAGAUGUUACUCCCAUCACACGCAAUGAGUGGAAUAUUCUUGUUAGCAAGGAUAUCCGUGCGCAGCCUAAGAUUACCAAGUGGAUUCCAUCACCGACCGUGCUAGCGGCUGCUUGA